AUGCGCGUGUUGACGUCAUUCCUGGCUUUGGCCGCCGCCGUGGUAUGGGGUGCCAAGGUGCCAUCGCUUUGCUUUGAGAAACCCUUCGAAGACAUCACGUCCGACGGCGUCCGCAUCGUCUCGGACGACUUUACGUUCGGCGGGCAUGCGGUUGUCAACAAGCACUUUGUGCGGCUCACUAGUUACACAGCCAAGCUGAGGAAGAAUGGGUGCAUGACGUACCCAUUCGAGCCGUGCAUGGCGAUCUCAUCGACGUAA